AUAACAAUAACAAGAAGAAGAAGAAGAAGAAGAAGAAGGAAAGAAAGAGAGAGAUGGGUUGCUAUCCCAUAGGCAAGAUGGUGUCCAAAGCACUCCGGAAGUGCAAAGGGAGAAAGAGGCGUGGAGUAGCCACCACCGUGGUGUACUCAUCGCCGCCGACAUACUCCCAUGCCGCAUCUCGGGCGAAGCACGUGACCUGGACCGACGACAGCCCUGCCGUGGUUAUCAUGCCAUCAGAAUCCAGAGUCUCAAAGCACCACUCUGAGGCUGUGAUUCCUCCUCCUCCAUCAACUCAGCCCGAGGAACAACGCCGGGUCCGGUUCGCCCCUGGACCAGACCACCCGGACGAGGUCCCUCAUCAUGGUCCUAUCCCGUCCCGCACGCCCAAAGAAUCCGUCCAUGUCCGGUUUGAUGUCGGGCCCCGGUCCGGCCCGGACUUGCAUGAGCUGGUUCCGCCCCACGGGUCCGGUUACCGGUACAUGACGUCGCCGUUGCCGCCGAGAUGGGAGGACGGCGAGCAGCGGAGGGAGUACUUUGGCGGUGAAUACCACUACUAUCCUACCCCUAUACGUGAAGGAAUUUACCGCAUUGCCACCGACGAGCAUCGCCUCACCACCAUAUUUAGCGAGGAGAAUCCCAAUGCUUGCAGCAUCGUCUGAGUUGGCGAGUAGCUUUAAUUAGGUGGCGAUUCCUUCCAGUUUGAUGUGCUCAAGAAUCUGAUGCCUUUUGAUGGUGGCCUCGGAAUAGUUUGUUCGGUGGGCAGCCGUCACAUCCCGUGUUUGGAGCAUUUUGUACGCCCAUGUAAUAAACGUAAGCAGGGCCCCUUUUUUUUUUUCUUUUUUUUUUUUUGACGAUUGGCUGUACCAAAUGUUGGAAACGAUACUUUAGGACAAUUUUCUCUCCUUUUU